AUGCAACGUACAACUACGAAGAAUCUUAUGGCCUGUGUGGGCUAUACAAGUAAUCUUACUACUCGUUCUUUGGCUAUUGACAAUAAAAAUCAUAAAACACUCCGUAAAUACAGUGGAAAAAGUUUUUUUUAUGCUAAAAAUUACAAAUCAAUUCUUGACUGUCUUGAUGGUGGUUAUCAAAUCUCCAUGGAUUUAAUUGAAUAUAUGCAAGAUUAUAGUAAUCUUCUACAAGAACAUAUUAAUCGUCUUAAUUCAUAUUCAAACAAAUGGAAAUCAAAAAUAAAACAACAAUCAGUACUUUCAUCAUAUAAUACAACUAAACGUGCUCAACUUGAAACAGUUCGUACACCUAAUCGACAUGCUGAACUCUUACAAAAUCAACAUGAUGUUAUUCAAAAUAUUAUUGUUACAUAUCGUACACAAGUCGAACAGAUGUAUCCAAAUGAACGUUUCAGUACUAGUCAUAAACAUUAUCGUACAGAUACAAAGAAAAAUUUAUUUAAAGCUGCUUAUUCAUCAUUAUCCGAGUUAUCAAAUAAACUUGAACAAUUACGUGAACAACAAGAAAUAGCACAAAAUGCUCUUGAUGAUGCUAAUGCUCAAUAUGAAAAUCUUUGUUCUGAUGAAAUAAUAAGUAAAAAUAAAAUGACAAACGCAAAAGAAAAACAAAAGAAAAGAAAAGAUAAAUUAGGUGAAAUUAAACGAGAAAUUGUACGAACUGAAGAAGAAUAUAAUCAAGAACAAGAAAUUUAUCGUGUAAGAGCAACAAAGAUUUAUGAAGAAUGUCGAAUAUUAGAACAAGAACGUUUAGAUUUAAUUGGAGAAACUUUAAUUAAAUUUAGUGAAAUAGCUUUUUCAUCGGAAUAUUUAACUGAACAAGAUGAAAUCUAUGAAGAUCUUAUGUCAGAACUUCAAACUCAACGAAAUUCUUUAAAAGAUCUUAAUUUUUGGGCACAAACUUAUGGUGUUUAUGAUUCAACAACAUCUCUAUCAUCUCAAAUCAGUCACAAUGAAAGUAUUUCUUCUGAAACAACUACUCGAAAAGCAAAAAAAUCUCACAAAAGUGAAAUGACGAAUACCACAACAAUAGAAGGAUCAGUUAUUGAAGACGAAGAAGAACAAUCACAAGCACAUAGUACUACAACAAAUGCUAUGGCACUUAAUCAAGUAUAA